AAUGAAAGUACUCAUCGUAGUAGCUUGCUUGGCAACACUCGCUUGCGCCAACGAGCAGGCAUGGAAUAGUUUCAAAGCUGGAAAGCAAUACAAAUCUCUCAUUGAAGAGCGUCUUCGUCAACAAAUUUUUUUGAACAAUGUUCAAAAGAUUGAAGAACACAACGCCAAAUAUGAACAAGGAUUGGUUACUUACAAAAUGGCAAUUAAUCAAUUUGCUGACUUAACUGAAAAGGAAUUUUUGGCUUUCUUGAAACUUAGCGGGCCAGCUAAGAAAACCAAAGCCACUGAAGUUUACAAUGCCACCAAAGCCGCCCCAUCCUCCAUUGAUUGGAGAUCAACUGGAGCCGUUACACCUGUAAAAGACCAAGGCAGCUGCGGAUCUUGCUGGUCAUUCUCUGCUACUGGUGCCUUGGAAGGACAAAACAAAAUCAUCAAUGGAAAACUUGUAUCUCUUUCUGAACAAAACUUGGUUGACUGUUCAUCAUCCUACGGAAACAAUGGCUGCAAUGGUGGUUUGAUGGUAUCCGCUUUUGAAUACGUCAGAGACCACGGAAUCGAAAGCGAAGCUAAUUACCCCUACACUGGUCGCCAGGGAAGUUGCAAAUUUGUCUCCAGCAAGUCAGUUCUCGAGAUCAGUGGAUAUGUUGAAAUCCCCGAAGAUAAUGAAACUCAACUUAUUAAUGCCCUCGGUUCGAUUGGUCCAAUCUCUGUCGCCAUUGAUGCCACCAACAACCUUCAAUUCUACAGCUCUGGAAUAUUUACUGAUAGCACCUGUUCCAAAUAUUCUUUGAAUCACGGUGUUCUUGCUGUUGGUUAUGGAUCAAACUACAUUAUUGUUAAAAAUUCAUGGGGAACCAGCUGGGGAGAAUCUGGCUAUGUCAGAUUCCAUCGUGGAUCUAACUUGUGCGGUAUUGCUUCUAUGGCUAGCUACCCAAAAUUGUAAUUUCACUUAAUUAUAUUUUAAAUAAAAUAACAAUAUAGAA